AUGUCAUUCUUAAAUCCUUUUAGAGGUUUCGCCAGAAACUCUAAAAAGAAGCAGCAAGCGAAUACCAGUAAAAAUACUGGCGUUUACAAAUUCUCGGACACAAAUCUUGCGAACAAUUCGAGUCAUUCACUUCUGAGCCAGCAGAAUCAACCCGGUUUAUACUCUAAUAGUAAUUACUCCAAUAAUUCUUUUAGACGAUACAAUGGAGGUGAUUCUGCACGACCAGAAAGUCGUUCUCCAAAUCGUCGGGUACAGAAGCAAAAAGGACAGAAUAUAAAUUCCAAGCAUCAUUUGCAUCAUUUGCAUCGUCAGCAGCAAUACAAUGAGGUCAAUCAGGAAAAUUCUCGUCAUGCAAGGACCAAGAAAGAGGAGAAGCUUCCACUUUUCAUGUGUGAGCCAUUUGUUAGAACAGCUUUGGUGAAGGGUUCGUAUAAAACUAUUGUACAACUGCCGAAGUAUGUGGAUUAUUAUGAAUGGCUGGCGUUGAAUACAUUUGAAUUUUUCAAUCACAUCAACAAGUUCUAUGGCAUAAUUGCUGAGUAUGUGACACCGGAUAAAUAUCCGAAAAUGAUGGCUGAUUCGAACACGGAAUACAUUUGGAUGAUGCCAAACGGUAAAACAGCCUCAUUACCCGCAAAUCAGUAUAUUGAAUAUGCUCUUACGUGGAUGAGUAAUAAAAUUAAUGACCAGACAAUCUUCCCAACAAAGGCUGGAAUUGCUUUUCCACCAUCUUUCCUUAAUGAUAUUCGUGGAAUAUGCCGACAGAUAUUUCGAAUGAUGGCCCAUAUAUAUUGGAAUCAUUUUGACAAACUAGUCCAUUUAUCUUUAGAAGCGCACUGGAGCUCUUACUUUUCACAUUUUAUUUCAUUCGUGCGGGAGUUUGACUUGAUUGAACCAAAAGAAUUGGAGCCUUUAGCCGGUUUGAUAAGCGUGUUAGAGGAUCAGGGUAAAAUUAUCAAGGUUGAUCAUCCUCAAAGACCACCUCCUGCAUCCAUUUGUUGUUGA